AUGAGGAAGACAACCCUCCUCUGGGCUUCCGUGUGUCUGCUGCUCAGCGGUGCCUUCCGCCCCCUGGAUGCUGCUCCUGAGCGGGAGGACGAGGAGGACGCGGACGGCACAGGGAGGCCCGACUUCUGCUUGCUGGACCCGAAGGUGGGGCGCUGCCGCGCCCACUUCAAUCGCUACUUCUACAACCACCACUCCGGGCGCUGUGAGCUGUUUGUGUAUGGAGGCUGCUGGGGGAAUCUAAACAACUUCGUAACCGAGGCAGAAUGCCAGCGCUACUGUGGGCACCCGGGGCGGCCCGGCUUCUGCUUGCUGGAGGCGGAGGUGGGGCCCUGCCGUGCCAACUUCAUUCGCUACUUCUACAACCACCUCUCCGGGCGCUGCGAGGUUUUCGGGUAUGGAGGCUGCGAGGGGAACCCAAACAACUUUGAGACCGAGGCAGAAUGCCAGCGCUACUGUGGGCACCCAGGGCGGCCCGGCUUCUGCUUGCUGGAGGCGGAGGUGGGGCCCUGCCUCGCCCUCUUGAAGCGCUACUUCUACAACCACCUCUCCGGGCGCUGCGAGGAGUUCAUGUAUGGAGGCUGCCAGGGGAACCCAAACAACUUCGAGACCGAGGCAGAAUGCCAGCGCUCCUGUGGGCACCCAGACAGUGAGCUGCGAACACAUUAG